AUGCGCAUUAUCUUCAUAAUUUCCCUUUUCCUUUCUGGAUAUGUUUCGGCGAUUAUCCUUCCAGGAUUUGCGCCAGUUAAUUAUUGUCCAGAAUCAGUGAAUAGUGAAAUUUGCAAGGUGAAUUUUGACCUAUGUCCUGACACUGGAGAAGUCGCCGCUGGCGAGAACCUUGGUCAAGUUGUGUUCGGUGAGCGGCUGCGUGUAUCUUCGUUUAAUAUACAAUUUCUUAAGGAAGAAACUUGCCGUUUGCUUUGCUCCAGGAAGUAUGAGGCUGGUAAUCCCGUAGCUCAUGCGCGACUCAAAUUUUUGUGGAAUGGGAUUCAAAGCCGUUAUCAGCACCAUUGGUAA